AUGUCAGCUACAGUCAACAUAGAGACUACAGCUCUAACUGAGGUCAAGAAAAUUGUCCAACUGACAUAUCCAUCUUUUGGUAUGGAUGAUCCACUCAUUGACUUCAAUUAUACUUUACCAUUGAUUUUACUGACACCAGAACCUUUCCUUUCCCCAGCCUCUUUCCCACCAAUUUUCCAACUAAAGGAGUAUCCACCUCCACUUCCUUUUCCUCCUCCUUUCUUACCUUCUUCUCUUCCACCCUCUCCUUUUUCACCUCCUCCCCCUCCUCCUCCCCCUCCUGUUCCACCUUUACCGCCACCAACACGUCCACUAACAACUCCUCCGCUAACUCCCACUCCACCACCUGCCUCUAUGCUAAUAGUACCUCCACCUGCUGCACCGCCACCUGCACCUCCACCAGCUCCACCAGCUCCAGCUCCACCACCACCAGCUGUUUUCUCAGCACCUCCUCCUCCAACACUUGCUGCUCCUCCACCACCCUCUCCUCCACCAAUUCCUCCUCCACCAGCCUCCCCUCCACCAGCUCCUCCUCCACCACCCUCCUUACCACCAGUUCCUCCUCCUCCAGCCCCUCCUCCACCUCCAGCUCCUCCUCCUCCACCAGUUCCUCCUCCACCAGCUACUCCUUCACCAGCUCCUCCUCCAGCAGCCACCCCUUGACCAGCACCUCCUCCACCGGCCAUCCCUCCAGCAGCCCCUCCUCCACCAGCUCCUCCUCCACCAACUGCUCCCCCACCAGCUGCUUCACCACCAGCUGCCCCUCCACCAACCCCUACACUAGCCUCUCCACCACCAGCUUUCCCUCCACCAGCCACUCCUCCACCUCCCCCUUCUCCACCAGCAGCUCCUUCACCACCACCUCCUCCACCAGCAGCCCCUCCACCAGCAGCCCCUCCACCAGCAGCCCCUCCACCACCAGCUCCUCCACCACCAGCUCCUCCACCACCAGCUCCUCCACCACCAGCUCCUCCACCACCAGCUCCUCCACCACCAGCUCCUCCACCACCAGCUCCUCCACCACCAGCUCCUCCACCACCAGCUCCUCCACCACCAGCUCCUCCUCCAACAGCCCCUCCUGCACCAGCUCCUCCUCCAACUUUCCCUUCUCCACCUGUAGCUCCACCAGCUUCUCCUCCACCAGCUUCCCCUCCACCAGCUCCUCCUCCACCAGCUUCUUCUCCACCAGCUCCUCCUCCACCAGCCCCUCCUCCACCAGCUUCUCCCCCACCGGUUCCUACUCCACCACCUCCUCCUUUACCAGCUGCUCCACCACCAGCUGCUUCCCCGCCAGCUGCUCCCCCACCAGGUCCUCCUCCACCAGUUCCACCCCCACCUGUUUUACCACCAGCUGCCCCCCCACCAGCUGCUCCUCUGCCAGCUUCACCACCAGCUCCUCCACCAGCUGCACCCCCACCGGCUUCACCACCAGCUGCUCCUUCACCAGAUUUACCACCAGCUGCCUUUCCACUUCCUUCUCCCACACCAGCUGAGGGAGGAAGUCCUAGCCUAUCUGUUAGCCAGGAUGGUAGCCAGAGUUUUGGUCCUUCACCAGGUGGUAGAGGAGCUGGAAUAGGCUUAGAUACGAUCAAAGUUGGCAUCAUCCAGACGUCUUCCAGUUUUUUUCCUCCAGGAUUACAACAACAAGGACAGCAUGGUGGCAUCAUGCAUGACUGUGGUUGA